CUCUUCAGGGGGCUUGUCUUUGCGGCUCUACGCGCGAUUGACUCUUGCCAGCUCCUGGUGGAAGUUGGACCCGUUCACUUUUCUUUCUCCCAACUCUCCCUUUGUGGCAAUACCAGCUAAUGGUCGACAAUCAAAUACCCUAUCUCAUGAAAUCCUGGAUACUCGCCCUGAAAUUCUAACAACUUAUGUACUAGAUUUUACAGUAAAUUAUGAGUUAAUUAAUUUGGAGUAAUUUACCUGCGGAGAGUAUUAGAUACCGGCGAUGGAAAAAAUUCAGGGUGAUGAUGUACCCUGGAUUUUAGUGCCUAAGGUGUUGGACAUUUUUCUUAACUUCCUAGUUAGGUAAUUACUGUACUCGUUUUGUCACUUUUUAGAUUUAACUGAGGUUUCGGGGGAAGGGAAGAUUUCCUGGAAGCGUCUCUUCACGGUCUCUGGAUACACACUUCGCAAUUCCACGUUCCACUCUGCCCUCCUACCGGGCCACCUUUCCCCGUGGCCUGCUCCUAGGGACUGCAUCGGGGAAGAAGCCUUCUUCUUUGCUGGAAAUUUAGUGCGUGUUAAGAAUCAAACCCUGAAAGAUGCUCCGUGCUGACGGCGAGGCGAGCCACAACGGAGGACACUCUUACUCGUACUCGAGGAUUUUGCAAUUGCACAGGCUACUCGACAGAAAGUCCUGUUACCCACUAUGGCUCGUUCGAGGAGGACCGAGGGUCUCCUGGUGACGACGAGUUUCCUCGUCUUCUGCUGCACGGGGGUCGCAGUAGCUCAUUCCAAUACUCCUAUGUACGCAUGCCCUCCCCAAGAAGUAAUCCUGCCAUGUAGAUGCUCGACGAGGGACUCUGAAAUACAGAUUUGGUGCAGUCAUAGCGAAUUGCCGAAGGUCCUCGAAGGCCUUGAAGCGGUGGGUCGCUACGCGAGUCGCUCCAUCGAUGAAUUGAUCCUGGAAAAUAAUAAUCUACCGAGUCUUCCAGGAAGAGCUUUUGGAAGUCUGAGAGUCAUGAGGCUCAUGCUGAGGAAUAAUCGCCUGGAGAGGGUCUCUUCGGGGUGGUUAGAGGGUCUUCAUGGAUCGCUGUUGGAGCUCUUCCUGGUGGAGCCUGAUCUGCGCUCUCUGCCGAUAGACAGUCUGGAGAAUCUGCACAGCCUGGAGGCGAUCACUCUGCAAAGCAAAUCCAUGAAGAGGUUGCCGAAGUUCUCAGGCCUGAGGAAGUUGAGGUACCUGCAAGUCAAUUCCCCGGCUCUGCUGGAACUGACUCCGAGGAACUUCCGAGAUCUGCCCAGCUUGGAACAACUCCACGUCUUUGGGAGCAAGAACCUGGUCAGACUGGAAGCUGGUCUGCUGCGUGAUCUGCCUAGAUUAACCCUGGUCAACAUCACGGAGUGCGGGAUCAAUUGGAUACAUCCUAGAGCGAUGAUUGCCUUACCCGAGUUAAGAGACGUUUCCCUCGUUGGCAAUGCCAUGAGCGAUGCUGCCAUGGUUGGCAGAGCUGUUGCAGAUCUUCCAAUGCUUACCGUCGUUCGCUUGGAUCGCAACAGACUGACGAGAUUAGGAGAAACGUCCUUCGUCGACCUGCCUACUUUGUCGAGGCUUUACCUGUCCCGGAAUGCCAUCACUGAAAUAUUUCCAGGUGCCUUCCAGAGACUACCUGCCCUGCGAGUCGUCGACCUCAAUCACAACCUGGUGCGCCGAAUACACCCUGACUUUUUCCCUCGAGGAAGUGCCAGCGGGCUCGAGGAGAUGUGGCUCGUCAACAACGAUCUAGGUCGAGUAGCCGAGUUGCGAUCGGUCCUGGAGGCUCUUCCAAGGCUUAAGUUCCUCGACGUCAGUAGAAACAGACUAGAGGAGAUCCCUUUCGGUGCUCUUCGGGGUCACCCUACCCUGGAACGCCUUCAUCUGGACCAUAACGGCCUGAGUUUCCUCCAGAGGGAGACGUUCACCGCUAUGCCAGCGCUUCGGGAACUCAGGCUUAGGAAUAAUUCCCUGUCGAACUUGCUCGAGGGACCGUUCUGGAAUUUGCCAGCCUUGAAGGGUCUGGAUCUCGCCGAAAAUUACUUCCGCCACCUGGACCCUCGAUUGCUGAAGAGCCUGCCGAACCUCCGAAGACUCGACCUCAGUGGAAAUGCGAUUGGACUGGUGGACCCCAAGUCCUUCCUGGGCACUCCUUCCCUGGAGCACGUCAACGUGUCAGGAAACGCCCUUUCCGUCCUCCAUCCGAUGACUUUCUCACAUCUCACGAACCUUUACGAGCUCGACAUAAGUCGGAACAGACUCGUCGAGGUGGUACCGGGUCUGCCGAGGAACAUCGAGCACCUCCACCUAUCCCUGAACAGGAUCGUCGCCUUGCCGUCGAUGUCUUCGAGGGACUUGGCGCUUCCAUCUCUAAGAUCCCUAGACAUCAGUGCAAACGGGAUCGAGAGGAUACCACCAGGCACCUUGAGUGAACUUCCAAAUCUAAGAAAGUUAGACCUCGCAUUCAACGCUCUGGUGUCGGUGGAAGAUGGCACCUUCGACGGCCUUCUUCGCCUUGAACGGUUGAUCCUUGACGAGAACCGACUGAUGUCCAUUCAUGGUCGUGGCCUCAGACCUGUAAGGUCGUUGAGCGAUCUGAGUCUCAGUGGGAACCGUCUAGAGGUCCUCAGACCGGACGUUUUCCAGGAGAAUUCAAGGCUGCAGAAACUGGACCUGAGCGGAAACGGCUUGGCGCAAAUCCCUCACGCUGUCUUCACCGGCACCCGGGAGCUUCGAGAACUGUACGCCUCGCAUAAUGCUUUGACGGAAUUGCCUGGAUCCCUGUACGGUCUGACCGCUCUUCGCAUCUUGGACUUGAGUUACAACGAACUCAACGGCUUGUCGCCGGAAGCUUUGAGCAGCCUCUCGUCUUUGUUGGAGCUCAAACUGACCAGGAAUAAAAUCAGGGAACUGCGAAGCGGAGCCUUUGAUGGCCUACCGAAAUUGAGUCUCGUUGAUCUCGAAAGCAACGAACUGAUGACCAUCGAAAGGGGCGCAGUCAGGGCUCUGCCGGAGCUGCAGGCCCUGCGACUAGGAAAAAACCUUUUACAGAUGAUACCAGGAGGUGCUUUUAUGGAGCUUCCCCUGCUCCGCAGCGUGGAGUUGCAAGAGAAUCGUCUCCGGGAGAUCUUGCCGGACGCUUUCGUGGACGUUCCGCACCUGUUGUUCCUGAACCUGAGUUACAAUCUCUUCCCCGAUCUUCAGUACGUCGGGUUAGAAGGGUUGACCUCCCUGGAGGUUCUGGACCUUAGCCAUAACCGACUGUCCAGGGUUGCGAGCGAGAGCCUGGCCAACAUGGAAUGGUUGGUCGAGCUGAAGAUGGACGACAAUCGGAUUUGCGGGAUACUUGGUUCGCCCUUCGACGACAUGCCGCGACUCAGGGUCCUCAGUCUCAGAAGUAACAGGAUGGCUUCGGUCGCAGAGAAUGCCUUCAAAAAGCUGCGGUCCAAUAUCGCCGUCCUGGACAUAGACGGUAAUCCUCUUUCCUGCACGUGUGGGAUGCUCUGGCUCCGAGGUUGGUUACAGCAAGCUUCAGCCGAGGGUCCUAGAUGUGCCGAUGGGUCCCUCUUCAGGGAAGUGAGACUUUCUCGCCAGGAAUGUCAAGGAGAUACUCGAAGACUCGAGCCAGUAGUUCCUGGAUGCGAGACAGAGAUGAUAGACGGCUCGGCGAUUUCUUCUUCAUCUCUGUACGGAGGAGGUUCCUUGUGGAUGGAUCUGAAGGAGGCAACGACGCCCCAGGUGCGACCUGUCCACGGAGCUAAUGGUACCGAGUACCUCUACGACUAUGAGUACCUGGACUACGUGUCCGAAAACUCGGGAAUGGGUGGCCCUUCGUCUACGGCGACUCCAGAGCCAUCGACAAUAAUUUCUACAUCUCCCGAGACCCCUCGUCGACCUGUAGAAAUUACAGGAGCGACGUCAUCUUCGAAGGUUCCCAGCAAAAACUUAACGAAGACGAGCCCAUCUUCCACGGGGCUUCCUUCUCCCAGCAGCUCCGGCUUCACCUUCUUCGGGGUUCCUUUGCCGAGUCUCAGUUUCGACCUCUGGGGGAACUCCAAAAGGAAGAGCCAAAGAAAGAACGACGCAAGGCCAGGUCGAGGUCACUUCGGAGCAUUUCCACCUACGGAGCCAGAGAUCCAUCGGGGUGGCUUCGUCCCACUUCCCAGAGGCGAGUCUGGCUUCAUGCCCAUGCCUGAUCCUCGCCAAACUCGCAAGAAAAAUUUGACUGAGAAGCCAAGGGUCUCCGACAACAUCAGGACCACUCCUCGACCCCUGGAAAAGCGGUUAAACGCGAGUCUGAAUUUAUUGAAGAGGGUUAACUCUUCUGAGUCGAGGGGACUCAGAGCUACGGAAGCUUCAUCUUCUACGGAAGCUUAUGAGACCAUGAGUUAUCGAGAAAAUUCGACAUUGAGUAGGACUUCAGGUGGUUCACGCGAAGGACAUACCAGUAAAGUUGUAUGGACGACACCUAAAUUUUCUACGAAGGAGUCUGCGACAGCUACGAUGGAGGUCUUCGGCUCAAAAGAGACCAGCUCAUGGGACUUCGAAGAGGACUCGAAGGUCAUCUCUAGGGAGCCUACAGCUUCCAGCGUGAAAAUGGAUGGCCCUGAUGUCGAAAUCCAGGCUGAGGCUAUCAGGACGGAUCGACCACAGGCUUUGGAAUCCUCCCUGAGAGAGUCUUCAACUUCUACUCCAAAAGAAAGCACUACUUGUUCUACGACUCGAUCCAGCAAUGCCAUGGAAGCUUCCGCCUUGUCAGCUUUCCUGGUUCCUGGUGGACAGAUUCCAUUAGGGGUUCGUUCCUCAGGGAGGCCAACCAUUACCAAAGUGUCCUCACCUAGUCUGGUGGUGUCGACAAAAAUAAUUCAGAAUGAUACGGAAAGCUCUCCGAUAGACUUUAUUGAGACAGCCAGAGUGGAAAGCACUAAGUAUAAGGAGAAGACAGAGAAUGAAUCGACCUUGUCUCCGGAGAAACGUCUUAGGGAAAUAGAAGAUAGUGCCUUCAGUUGGUACUUCCAGCAUUACAACGAUAGUAAUGUGGAGCCAUACGUUGGUGAGGUUUAUAAAAAUAUAGGAGUUGCAAAGUGUGGUUGGUGGACUUUGUUAUGGACUCAAGUGUACAUCCUUGUUCGAAUGGUAGAAUGAGGAGACAAGUUGAAAAGCU